AUGAAUUUACACGCACUGAAGUUAAAUAACGGAACAUGGCAUCAGGCCAAGUUAAAUAUUGAAACACUCACACAAUCGAAGGUCAUUGCAAGAUCGUAUAAAUACUCCGAGUGCCAUCUGGUCAGCUAUCAAACGCUACACAACCAACAACCAACCAACACAGACAACAUGAGAAUCAGCUUCGUAACACUUUUUGCCUUCCUGGCUCUGGCUGCUGCGGAUGUCUCGCAUCUGACCAGCAGCUAUUUGCCGCCGCCGAGGCCGGAGCAACUGGAGCACAUGAGCAUCGAACGGCACCAGUUGCGCGAACUGCCCGAGCAGGUCUUCUAUAUGCAUGAUAACGGGCAGAUGGCUGACAUGGAUAUGUCGCCCAGUGGCCAGUUGACUCCACCAGCUAUGCCACAAGCGGAGCAAAUGCUAGCCAUGCGCUACUUGCCCCCUGCUGAGGCAGUUCAGCAAGCCAUGCCUGACACACGCUAUCUGCCUCCAGCUCAACCAGCAGCUAUGCCCACCACUCGUUAUCUGCCCCCCGCUCAGGUAAUCCAACGCGCCCAACCUAUGCCGGAAAUGGAACCCAUGCCCGAAAUGAUGGUUAUGCCAGCUAUGGAGCCUGACACUCAGCCCCAAGAUGCCCCAGAUAUGCGUUACCUGCCGCCCGCCCAACAACAGGCCGAGCAGCCCCAGUUCAUCUAUCAACAAUACCAACAGCAGCAGCAGCAGCAACUGCCGGUGCAGGAGCAGCAGAUGCCCUACAUUCUGGACGUGCAGCAGCCUAUGGCACCAUCGGAUGCUGAGACUCCGACCUUUGAGGCAGAGCCAGCUCAUGAGCUGCGCAACGAUGGCUACCAUUACAAGCAAGCUGUGCAAGAGCAGCGUCUGAGGCAUUAG